AUUGAUCAGCAGCCGUUACUGAGACUCUUAAUGGUUCGCUUGGAUGGGAAUUAAUUCUGGAAUGGAUAAAUAAUGCAUUGAGGUUUAUGUAGUCCAAGGCAAGCCGGCGGUCCGGAGCCAGGACGGAGCCCAGGGAGCCUCGCGAGUGACGCCAGUGGCCAUGGGAGCCCUUGCGGGGCAUAAGGGGCAACUGAUUGAGAAGAAGAAAAAAGGGAAGUGGAUGACAGCAUGAUCGGCCCAGCAACACUGGUGGGGUGGCUGCAGGACCAUGCUGAGCCCAAAGAUCAGGCAAGCCAGGCGGGCCCGCUCCAAAAGCCUGGUGAUGGGUGAGCAGAGCCGGAGCCCCGGGCGGUUGUCCUGCCCCCAAAAGCUGGGCCCCGUGCUGAAGGCAGGCUGGCUGAAGAAGCAGAGAAGCAUCAUGAAAAACUGGCAGCAGCGUUGGUUCGUGCUCCGUGGGGAUCAGCUUUUCUACUACAAGGACAAAGAUGAGACCAAGCCCCAGGGAUUUAUUUCUCUACAAGGGACGCAGGUGACUGAACUUCUUCCUGGCCCUGAGGACGUGGGGAAGCACCUCUUCGAGAUCAGCCCAGGUGGUGCCGGGGAGCGGGAGAAGGUGCCGGCCAACCCUGAGGCGCUCCUGCUCAUGGCCAGCUCCCAGCGUGACAUGGAGGACUGGGUGCAGGCCAUCCGCCGGGUCAUCUGGGCCCCGUUUGGUGGAGGUACUGCCCGUAGCCCGCAUGCUCACCCUCUAGAACCCUUGCCUCCAGGGAUCUUUGGGCAGCGCCUGGAGGACACAGUUCACCAGGAGCGGAAAUAUGGCCCCCGCCUGGCCCCCCUGCUGGUGGAGCAGUGUGUGGACUUCAUCCGGGAGCGUGGGCUCACCGAGGAAGGGCUCUUCCGCAUGCCGGGCCAGGCCAACCUGGUGAGGGACCUGCAGGAUUCCUUCGACUGUGGGGAGAAGCCACUGUUUGACAGCACAACCGAUGUGCACACAGUGGCCUCCCUGCUGAAGCUCUACCUGCGGGAGCUCCCUGAGCCUGUGGUCCCGUUCGCCAGAUAUGAGGACUUCCUCAGCUGUGCCCAGCUGCUCACCAAGGACGAGGGGGAGGGGACUCUGGAGUUGGCUAAACAAGUGAGCAGCCUUCCCCUGGCUAAUUACAACCUGCUCAGAUAUAUCUGCAAGUUUCUGGAUGAAGUUCAAUCUCACUCAAAUGUUAACAAGAUGAGUGUCCAGAACCUGGCAACUGUUUUUGGACCUAAUAUACUUCGGCCACAGAUAGAAGACCCAGUGACCAUCAUGGAAGGAACUUCCCUUGUCCAGCACCUGAUGACAGUCCUGAUCCGCAGACAUGGCCAGCUCUUCACUGCGAGGGCCACGGAAGGGCCAGCCUCCCCUCAUGGCGGCACCCCUUGCACGGUGGGAUGGGGCUCUGAGGAGGUCACAAGGGACAGCCAGGCAGAGCCCAGCAGCCCUGGCACCCCUGGCCUGCCCUCGCACAGGACCUCUUCUCUGGAUGGGGCCACUGUGGCAGCACUCUCUAGAAACUCUCCCCUCGGCCCUGCCACCAGCAGCUCUGGGAAGAGGAUGCAGACUCUGCCUAACUGGAAGUCUUCUUUCCGGCAGUCAGGGUCCCGGUCAGGGAGCCUGAAGAUGGGCAGCUCGUCCCUGGAGGUGCCCAUUAUCUCCUCUGGCGGGAACUGGCUCAUGAAUGGGCUGUCCUCCCUGCGUGGCCACCGCCGGGCCUCAUCGGGAGACCGGCUCAAGGACUCAGGCUCCUCGCAGAGACUCUCCACCUAUGACAACGUGCCUCCACCCAGCCUCUUCCCCAGCACUCCCAGCGUGGCCAGCAUGGCAUGGUCCGGGGCCUCUUCCUGCGAGGCCUCCGCCGGGGGCUCCAUCAGCAGCUGCACAGCCUGCCGAGCCAGCGACUCCUCUGCCUGCAGCUCCCUGCACACCGAGGCAGGCCUGGAGCCCUCUCCCUUACCCAGCAGCAGCGAGGACCGCAGAUCCCCUGAUCUGGGCCACAGCCAGGACGAGGUGGGCACCUGCCUCAGUAGCAGUGAGCCCAGCAACCCGGGAAGCCCAGCCCAGGAUCAUGCCCGUCGCUCUGAGGCUCUCCAGGGCCUGGUCACAGAGCUCAGGGCGGAGCUGUGCCGGCAGAGGACUGAGUACGAGACAAGUGUGAAAAGACUUGAGGAGGCUUCUGCUGACCUGAAGAAACGAAUGUCAUGGUUAGAGGAAGAACUGGAUCAGGAAAAGAAGAAGUACACAAUGCUGGAAAUAAAGCUGAGGAACUCGGAGCGGGCACGGGAGGAUGCUGAGAAGAGGAACCAGUUGCUGCAGAAGGAAAUGGAAGAGUUUUUUUCAACCCUGGGAAGUCUGACUGUUGGGGCAAAAGGUGCUGGAGCCCCAAAGUAAAGGAGUGGAAGCGCUCACUUCUGCUGUGCUGCUUGCCUUCCCCUCAGCAGAAAUGGCCCCUGGCCAUGUGAGGAGCCAGAGGCCUGUGGCUUGGACCUAGGCCUCAGCAGUGCCAGGAGCUCUGGAGCCAGCUGGAGAGAGAAGUCCUGACAUCCGGGGUGAGAGGGGUGGUACUGCUGGAAGCCUGAGCCACCUACGGGGUCUAGAUGCUGCUGUAACUGUGCAGAGCCUGGCAGGUGUCAGAGAGGGCAGUCCCUCAGCCAUUAAAACAGAGGCACCUGGGAACCUUUUGCAUUCUUUAUUAAAUUUGCUCU